GCCGCAGGAUCCAGCAGCCAAGCGCCAGGACCAGACACCCCAGCAAUGACCAGCUCUCCUGUCUCCAGGGUCGUCUACAACGGCAAGAGAAACAGCAGCCCACGCUCUCCCACCAACAGCAGUGAGAUUUUCACGCCGGCACACGAGGAGAACGUGCGUUUCAUUUAUGAAGCUUGGCAGGGUGUUGAGCGGGACCUGCGCAGCCAGCUGUCUGGUGGUGAGCGGGGCCUAGUGGAGGAGUAUGUGGAGAAGGUUCCCAACCCCAGCCUCAAGACCUUCAAGCCCAUCGACCUGAGUGACCUGAAGCGCCGGAACACGCAGGAUGCCAAGAAGUCCUAGAGUGCCUGGCGCCCCUCCCCUGGCCUCCAGAAGAUCAGGGUGCACUUGAUGUUGGUCUCCUCUGUUCCGGUGGCUCUGCUUCUGGGAGGGGGGAGGAGAGUGUGCUCUAGCAGGCCACAAUCCCCAGAGCCAGCAGGAUUGAUGGCCAAGGCCCUUCCUUUCCUCUCCAGGGUCUCAAGUUGCCCCUGUCACUGGGGGAACAGGGGUCUGGCCAUGUCAGCUCCUGUCCUUUCCCCUGGCCAGCUGCAUCUUGGGUAGCACCUGGCCCUGCCGACCCAACCCUCUCUGCUGUUACCUGCCAUGCCUCUCCUCUCGCCUUCCUGGCUACUUAAGGUCAGAAAGGAAAAAAAGGGACCUCUGUUGGAACCUUGAAUGACCAGAAAUUAGGACAUGUGCAGUCCCACCUGCAUCCAGUCUGGGUCUCUCCAUGGAUACUUGCUGUUCUUCUGGCCUGGACAUUUGGGGAGCCCCCCCCCCCAUCCCCACUGUCCACUUGCCCCUUUCUUGCCUCAGUUUCAGAGUGGAAUCAGCUCUGAGCCUAGGACAGUUCUGGCUCCCUGAAGGGGCCUCUAGCAACCAGGCCUGGUCUCCUGGUACCUGUAGCCCUGUGGUCACAGCAGUGCCCUUGAGCAGGGGCACUAAGGCUGACCUUGAAGGAGUGGUGCUGCCAGGCCUGUCCUGGCUUUCUGGGGUGUACUGGGAGGAUCACCAAGGCCCCCUUUUCUUGUGCCCUCUUGAAUCCAAGUGUCUGUGUUGGAGACUGAGGGUCUGUGAAUAAAGGCGGGUGGCACUGGAAAA